UGUCAGUCCACUCCCAAACCCCAAAACCCUCGUCGUCUUCUCCAAAUCACUCGAUCUCCCCCCUCCUCCGCCCCAACCCCUCAAACCUAGGUUUCCGGCGAUCCUCCACAUCCAAUGUCCGACGGCGGCAGCGGCGGCGACGAAUACAAGCGCGAGGAGUCGGUGGCCCUGCUGGUCAUCGUCUCCCUCGCCGCGCUCUCCCUCCUCUCCCUCAUCGCCGCCUUCGCCUACUACUGCUACAUCACCCGCAAGGUCUCCAGCCGCCUUCACUCGCUCAACCUCCCCAAGCGCUCCUCCUCCCCUGCCCCUCCCCCGCCGCCGCGGCACCCCGCGGUGCUGCCGCAGGGGAAGGAGAGCCCGUCCAGCAACUCCGCCAGCGACGGCGGGGCGGCGGCCGCGGUGGUGGUGGUCGGCGGGGAGAGGGGCGUGCAGGUGUUCGGCUACCGGCAGCUGCACGCGGCGACGGGCGGGUUCGGGCGGGCGCACAUGGUGGGGCAGGGCAGCUUCGGGGCCGUGUACCGCGGGGUGCUCCCCGACGGGAGGAAGGUCGCGGUCAAGCUCAUGGACCGCCCCGGGAAGCAGGGAGAGGAGGAGUUCGAGAUGGAGGUGGAGCUGCUGACUAGGCUUCGAUCACCUUAUUUGUUGGGCCUGAUUGGCCAUUGUUCGGAGGGUGGACACCGGCUACUGGUGUAUGAGUUCAUGGCCAAUGGGGGUCUCCAGGAGCAUCUCUAUCCAAACAGAGGUUCCUGUGGUGGGAUCUCAAAAUUGGAUUGGGAUACAAGAAUGAGAAUAGCACUUGAAGCAGCAAAAGGUUUGGAAUAUCUUCAUGAACGCGUUAAUCCACCUGUUAUACACAGAGACUUCAAGACCAGCAAUAUUCUCCUGGACAAGGAUUUCCAUGCAAGAGUUUCAGACUUUGGUCUAGCCAAGCUUGGAUCUGAUAGAGCUGGUGGUCACGUCUCAACUCGAGUUUUAGGCACCCAAGGCUAUGUUGCACCAGAAUACGCAUUGACUGGGCAUUUGACUACCAAAUCAGAUGUGUACAGUUAUGGUGUUGUGCUUUUGGAGUUACUUACUGGCAGAAUGCCAGUUGAUAUGAAGAGGCCUCCUGGAGAAGGUGUUUUAGUUAACUGGGCAUUGCCUAUGCUAACUGAUCGAGAGAAGGUUGUGCAGAUCUUGGAUCCAGCAUUGGAAGGUCAAUAUUCAUUGAAAGAUGCUGUUCAAGUGGCUGCUAUUGCUGCCAUGUGUGUUCAACCAGAGGCCGACUAUAGGCCACUAAUGGCCGAUGUAGUCCAAUCGUUGGUUCCACUUGUCAAGAACCGUUCUACACAGAAAACAAGUAACUCCAACGUCCAAGCAACGAAGCCACUUGACUAGGAAAGCAAGUGGUUAACAUGCAGUUUACUGCUGGUCUUCUUUAUGGAACAUUUCAUCUAUAACUAAGUACUGCUGCUGAGACAAUGAGAUCAGCACACUUCUUGACAUGUUCUUCCGCUGCUGGUCAUCUCCGCAUUUUGGAAGGUGCGUCGUAAGCAGGUAGGUUUAGAAUUUAAAAAGAAACUAGUUGGACGGUCCUGUGAGCUUAUUUGAGUUUGAAGGGAACUUUUAGUCAUGUGCAAUUGGUAGUCAUGUUAGGUUGUUGGGAUCACUACUUGUGGUUGUUGGGAGUCCAUCAUUAGAUGGUAGUGUUUGGUUUGAGUUGGCAGAAUUGCGUAGAGUACUGCUUUAUUUUCUAUUUGCUUGCCAGUUAUACUAGGUAAUUAACUUAAAAGAUCUUUGUGCACUUGUGCCGGGCCUUCACUCCUAAGCUAAGCACAUUGGUAUGUUCACUCGGCGAAGAAGUAUUUCCCUAGGACUUUAUGUAUGUAAUGUAUAGUAGGUUCCUGGAACCUGUAUCAAAAUCAUUUACUAUUUGAGCAAU